CACUCAGCAACCCAUUUUGCUGGACAGUGAUAUUUAGGACUGCGUCCGGCAGGGUGAAACCCUAUUCUAGGGCAGAAUGCACUGGAUUUCUGUUACAUUUGGGUUAUUGAUUGUGUGCACGGCACAUGCUGGCUUUUCUCCCUGGUCUGAUUCACUUCCUGAGGUAGAGCAAUAUGAAAUAGUGAAACCUCGUUUAAUGAACACCAUUCUGAGGAAAAGGGAUCUGUCCCGAUCAGAGAUCGUCUAUCCAGAAAAAGUCACCUAUUCCAUAAAUCUGGAAGGGAAGGAAUUCUUGGUUCAUCUUGAAAAGAAUGGGGGUCUACUGGUCAAGCAUUAUUCUGAAACCCAUUACUUGGAAAAUGGAACUGAAGUGGUAGCAACACCACAGUUUCUGGAUCAUUGUAAUUACCAUGGUGUGAUUGAAGGCAUCAGUGAUUCCUCUGCCAGUAUCAGCACCUGCACUGGACUCAGGGGCACCCUUACGGCUGGGAAUAAUGUCUACUUAAUUGAGCCACUGGAAGGAAUUCAAACUGGGGAACAUGCUUUGUAUAGACAGGAGCAUCUGAGAGUAAAACGUGGAUCGUGUAGCAUACGCAACUUUACACUUUAUGACAAUGGACCCAAGAUGGCUGCACUUUACCAACCUCCUGUCAGGAGAUUUGCACAAGCUUCUCAAAGCACCCGAUACGUGGAACUUUUCUUAGUUGUUGACAAUGCUGAGUACAAAAAAUUGAACAGAGAUUUCCUAACAACACGACAGCGUAUGAUGGAGAUAGUGAACCAUGUAGACAAGUUGUACAGAUCGUUAAAUAUCCGUGUAGCGUUGGUGGGGUUAGAAGUGUGGACCCAUUCAGACAAAAUUGCUGUCAGCUCAAAUCCCGAUACUACUCUGGAUAACUUUCUUAAAUGGCGUGGACAGGAGCUACUAUUAAAGAAAAAACACGAUAAUGCACAGUUUGUCACUGGAAUAAGCUUUGAAGGAUCAACUGUUGGAUUAGCAACAAAAUCUGCCAUGUGUUCCUAUCAGUCUGGUGGUGUGAAUGAGGACCAUAAUAGGAACCCAAUAGGAUUGGCAUCUACGAUUGCUCAUGAGAUGGGUCACAAUUUGGGCAUGUCCCAUGAUGAGGAUCACAGUACAUAUUGUAGCUGCGAUGGAGCAGGGAAGAACAACGGUGGCUGUAUCAUGGCGGAGAAAACAGGGCUCGUGUUUCCCAGAAGCUUCAGCAGCUGCAGUCAGCAGGAGGUGCAGAAGUUCCUGGCAUCUGGUAUGACGGACUGUCUUUUGAACAGCCCCAGAGCAGAUGAGCUGUAUGGAAAUCCAGCAUGUGGGAAUCAGUUUCUGGAGCGUGGGGAGGAAUGUGAUUGUGGCACUGUUGAGGAAUGCACCAAUCCUUGUUGUAAUGCUACAACCUGCAGAUUCAAGGAGGGAAUGGAAUGCGCUGACGGAGAAUGCUGCCAGAAUUGCAAGAUAAAGCCAGCAGGUCAAAUAUGUCGAGCCGCAAAGCACGACUGUGAUCUAUCCGACUACUGCAAUGGUGUGAGUGCUCAGUGUUCAGACGAUGCCUUCAAGAUGAAUGGUGCUCCCUGCAGAAACGGGGAAGGCUACUGCUACAAUGGACAGUGCCCCACGCAUCAACAGCACUGUGUUACUCUAUGGGGAACAGGUGCAACGAUGGCGCAUGAUGACUGCUUUCAACAGAAUAUGAGAGGAGAUAAAUAUGUUCAUUGCAAAACAGCUAAAACUGGUUAUGAAGCCUGCCGGAAAAAGGAUGUUAAAUGUGGUAAAAUUCACUGCGUCGGAGGAAACAAGUUUCCGGUCACUCAAGCAAAGUAUGAACUAAUGCUGUUGCGGAACAAAUUGUGUAGGAUCGCAACAAUAAACGAAAAGAUUGAAUUAACUGAUGAUCCUGGACUGGUCCCUUCAGGAACAAAAUGUGGAGAUGGGAUGGUCUGCUACAGUGGUUAUUGUCAGAGUGUUCUACUUUAUGGAUCAAGAAACUGUUCAGGCAAAUGCAAUAACCAUGGGGUUUGUAAUCACAAGAGAGAAUGUCACUGUGAUCCAGGCUGGGCACCACCAUAUUGUCUUACACGAAAUGGUAGCUUACCAACAAUGGGAAAUGCUUCCACAAUCAUCAUUCUCUCGGUGCUCCUUCCCUUCAUCAUUUUACUUAUCUUAAUAAGUGGUGGACUUCUGUAUUAUAAAAGAUGCUUAAUGAAGAAAUAUACAAACAAGCUACCAACAAAAUCUAGUUCACCACGUGGCUUAUCAAAUCCAAUAUUUGAACGAAAAGACAGAAGCAACUCUAAAACCGUGUAUCCUAGCAACAGGAGUCCACAUGUAAAACAUUCACUACUUGUUGCCUCAAACAAUGAUCAACGAUUGCAGAUUACGGUGAUACCCAACCGUCCACCACCUCAGCUUCCAAAACCAGCUCCUCUUAAGAGCUUUUCUACAAGCAUUACAGCAAACCCAUUGCAGAACAAAAUUGAAAAACCAAGUGCUCCACCUCUAGUCCCUUCUUCCAAACAAUUUCCAUCUCUAUGUGUACCGGCCAGACCUCCUCCCCCUCCUCCUCCAGGAAAGCCAUUGCCAGGACUGAAGAAUAAACAGGUAGUAAAACCUACUAUUCAGCCUCCACUACCUCCUGUAAAACCAGGUUUUCCAUCUGCUUCCUCCAAACAAACCCAGGUUGGUUUCAAGCCAAAAGUUGCUUUAAAGCCACCAAAUCAGCACAGAUGAAGAGGAAAUGUGUAGAAAUAUCAUCACAUUACAGAAGCACAGCUGUGGAGCUGCUGGACUUGCUGUCUUUUCCUGUAAUGCCAGGAAGAAGAUAAAAGUAUUAUCUUUGGUUUCUUGUCAUACAAGUUCAUGCAAUUAGAGGAAAGAGCAUAAAACACAGUACAACAAAACAGUGGCUAGGUUGAAAUAGCAGAAAACUGAACAUCUCCAACAAUGCUGCUUUCAUUGUACUGGUGCUUCGGUACUAUUAAGGAUAUAUUCUCACUUGAUAUUUUUUAAAUUAUAUAAAUUAAAAUGAUUCUGCUGCAAACAGUGAUGAGAUACAACUUGUGAAGUAACCCUUCUAUUUAGAAAGGGGGCACUUUGAAAAACCAAAGUGAAGAGGAGACAUUGAAUAAAGUAUUACAUUUGUCUGGCAUGACUUGGUCUUGCACAAAAGUACUAAGCUUGGGUGUGAAUCAGGAAGCUCAUUUUCCAGACCUCUUUCCUGGAUUGUCAAGGAACAACUUUGAACUUAAUUGUCCAGCUGCAGCAUUUAGUCUGAAUUGAUCCAAUUAAGGCAAAUUCAGAAGCAGUCCCACCAUUCCCAUUUUUGGAGGUUGUCUUCAAUCAAGUUGGCUUGGGUGGAAAAAAAGGCUGGCAUAGACUUAAUGGGACAAAUUCUGUACUGUACCAUAUAGGAUUUGAUGAAAUUGGCCACAACCUAAACUCUAAUACGAAAGCAAAAUACUAUGUAUGAUUUUUCAUCAGAGCUCUUAGAUGAAUGUUCUGAUGAAAGGUCAUUUACCUUAAAUAUUAACUCUCACUCUCUCCACAAAUGCUGCCUAAGUAUUUCCAGCAUUUUCUGUUUUUCUAACAAUCUAAAUUGUGUUUCAAUUAGAGCAAAUGGAAAUCAGCCUAAUGUCUGAGUACCGCUUCAUAUUGGAACUGAUUUACGUCCAAGUCAGUGUAACCUAGCCUUAAAUGACCCAUGAUUUUAAUUACCUGCCUAACACGGGACAAUUUAUCCCUCACUGUACUAUUCACAGACAAUAUUCCAUUCCAUUUAAAAAUAGUAAAAUUGUGCAUUGCCAAAAAAGUUUUUAUUUAAAAAAAAGAAUUCUGGUAAAUUGCACAGCUCCACUUAGUAUGUUUGCAGGGAUUUGAUUACUGAAUAUGGGUUAUAGCCCUAAGCCCAAGGUUGAAUCAAGUAACCAAUCCUAAAUAAGCAAAUACAGAUCAAUUUAGAUUUAGACAGAGUUUUAUUUCAUCACUAAAAUGUACAUUAUUUCCCAUCAACCAUGUGCCUUUACACAAAUCACCAGAAUCAUGAUACAUACUUGAAAUAUUAAAAAAAUGAAUGGAGUCAAAUGUAUUUAUAACUACUUAUGUCAUCUACCAAUGCUUUUUGUCCAUUUUAAUGCAAGGAACAAUUUUUUUAAUGAUCUGCUUUUGUUUGCAUAUAUUUAUUUUGGGAAGGUGAGACAUAAAUACUUGAAACUAAAAUUAAUCUGUUAAAGUUCUAAUUUUUAGGCUGGCAUUCACAAUUAAACACAGGUUUCAAAAACAACGUGAAAGUCAGCAAAAGGACAUCUUGGGAGGAAAUGAAUUUUGGUAUCUGGUGUAAAAUCAUUAACUGGAGUUUUGCUUGAAUUAUUUUCGUUAAUUUAAAAAAUGUGAAAUUUAGCAGAAAAAAGAAGGUAAAUUUCUGAAUUGAACUAGGACUUCUGCUAGCUAAUGAAGUACAUGGAAACUUUAUGAUGAAAACAUGUGUGUUCUUUCACAUUGCCGUGGUGCUUGUACUGGUGGGAAUGCCUUUAAGCGCAUCAAAGGUGAUGGCAGAGAGGACAAGCCUCACAUUUGCUUUAAAUAAACACCAUUUCCAUUAGACUUGGAAACAGUAUUGCUUUAGGCACACUUUAUAUAAAAAAAAACUUUUGUUUGCUUUCAAACAAGGAUAUCUUCCCAUCUAAGGGCUUUAACAGAUUUUGACUGUCCCUAUAUAUGGAACCUACAGGUUGCACAGCAUGAAUGUUUUUUUAAAUCUUCUAUACUACCAUUUUAAUCAGGGCCAAAUAUUUACAGCUGAUUUGAUGUUGUGAAAGGUUAAUCAGAUUUUCAUGAUUUUUAUCCAAAUUUGGUGAAUUGUGAUAUCAAUUAUCUAGUUUUAGUAUUUGAUUUUCAAUCCAUUGUGUCUAAUCCCACAGUGAUGUCCAUAAUUAAACUGUUUGCACUUUUUCAGCUGGACUGAACAAAUAUCUGUCAGUGUGAAAUGGGUUAUUUAUUUUCUUUAGCAAAUAAAUACUGUACUUUAUUGCAA